CAAUAUCAUCAUAUUAAACUCUUAGAUAGAGAGAGAGAGCAGUGUGAGUUAAAAGAGAGUCGAGAGAGAGAGAGUGAAUCAUAUCGAUAAUUAGAGAGAAGCAAAUCGAUCAUCCGUUUUUAACAGAAAAAAAAAGGAAGAAAGAAAGAUGGUGAAGGAAGGAGAAGAAGAAGAAGAAGAAAGCAGAUCACCGAGGAGUCCAGAGGCGAAGUUAGGAAAGGAAGUGGAGGAGCUGUGGGAUACACAGGAACCACAGCUCACACCUACUGAGAAGCUCAACGCUUGUUUCGAGUCUAUUCCUGUUUCCGAAUUUCCUCAUGCUCCCCCUUCUCAAGUAAUUGAGAUAAAGUCGGAUAGCAGUCUUGGUGAAGCUGUUCGUUUACUGUCCCAAAAUAAAAUUCUGAGUGCACCUGUCGUGGAUGUUGAUGCACCAGAGGAUGCUAGUUGGAUUGAUAGGUAUAUUGGGAUGGUGGAGUUUGCAGGCAUUGUCGUCUGGAUUCUGCUUCAGUCGGAGAAGAAUGCUGGGUUAGAUGAUUCUGGCUUAUUUUCUAGCGCAUUAGACAACCGUAUGGGACCUGCUGUUGUUGCAGCAGCUAAUGGGAUGUCGUCCCCAAGAUAUAGAAGUUCGCAGCCUGGAUCUCCCAAGACUGCUGGAAACUUUUUUGAGCUAUUAACUUCCUCUGAUUUCUAUAAAAAUACAAAGGUUAAGGACAUAUCUGGAUCAUUUCGUUGGGCACCGUUUCUCGCAUUACAGACAUCAAACUCCUUUCUGACCAUGCUGUUACUACUCUCUAAGUACAGAAUGAAGAGUGUACCUGUAGUUGAUGCAGGGGACCAGAAGAUAGACAACAUCAUUACUCAAUCUGCUGUAAUCCACAUGUUGGAGGAAUGCGCCGAUCAACACUGGUUCAGUAGCUGGGGAUCUAAGAAGAUAUGUGAGCUUGGUCUUCCCCUGAUGAACGCUAAUAAAGUUAUUAAGGUAGAUGAGGAUGAACCGGUGCUGCAAGCAUUUAGACUCAUGAGGGAGAAGGGAGUUGGUGGAUUACCGGUGGUUAGUGAUGGAAAACCAGUUGCUAAUAUAAGUAUACGAGACAUUCAGUUCCUCCUAAUUGCCCCCGAAAUUUACAAAGACUACAGAUCCAUCACUGCCAAGAAUUUUGUAACAUCGGUUAAAAGGUACCUAGAAGAGAAUCAGAAGGCAUCACCUUUGGUAAGUGGGAUGGUCACUUGCAGAAAAGACGACACCCUUAAAGAUGUGAUCACGAAGCUUGAUUCAAAAGAGAUCCAUCGUAUAUAUGUGGUUGACGAAGAAGGUAAUCUUGAAGGGCUGAUAACUCUUAGGGAUAUAAUCUCAAGGAUCGUACACGAGCCUCGUGGUUAUUUUGGUGAUUUCUUUGAUGGCGUCUUGCCGUUACCUGCCAACAGUCGAGUUUAACCACAAGUUUUUUCUGCUCACUUAACUCUUUGUAUCGCUAAUGGUCUUUUCCAUUCAGGCUUGCUUUUAACAAGGGACCGUCCGAGAUUGUCUUGUAUAUAUCUGAAUAAUGAGUUUGGGUGACUGAUUUUGUCGGACUUGAGCUGUACUUUGUUUUAUAGUCUUGUUGUUUUAAAGGGUCUUUUGUUUUA